AUGACAAACUCACCAAAAACGGAACCAAAGAAACUACCAGUCUCUGUUUCUCGCGAAAACUUAAUGUCAAUAAAUAAUAGCAACUACACAAUGUCUCACGGCAAUUCCUCUCCUGAUCAAAGACCAUUGCAAGAGACAAAAAGCGAAGAAAGAACUUGUAGUAGCCAAAACCAACAACACGACAAAAACAACUUUGUUGAAAGACCAGUGCUGGCGGCAGCGUCAACUGAACAACCAAGUGGUACCACUAUUGCAAAUGAACCAAAACUGGGAAGCAGAAAUGGAAAUAUAACACCACCUUUUUCACCGCAAAUACAACAAUGCCCAGUAACUUAUUUUAAUGCGACUUUGAACCAAGGAGUUUACCAACAACCCGCUUUGACGGGUGAGACUCCUACGUAUACGCUAUUGCCGACUCAAUUACCACCUGUCGUGACUCCACCAGCUACUGAAAAGCCAAAGAGACAUCAAGUCAAGAAUGCAUGUGUUAAUUGUCAAAAAGCAUGCAAGAAAUGCGAUGAUGGACGUCCUUGCAAACGUUGCAUAAAGUGUGAAAUGACAGAUACAUGCAAAAGUUCAACUCGGAAGGAAAGAAAGAAAGGAAUUAAACGGGGUCCAUAUAAGAAAAAAGAAAAGAUCACCGCUAAUCCCAAUGCUACAGCCUCUUCGUCCACAAAUAUUCCAUCGACUGGAGUAAUUUCUACAAACGGACAAGACUCGUAUGGAACAAUGCCGAUCCCACUUUUGGGUAUGCCCGGACCAUAUUUCAUGUUUCCUACAGUUUCAUCUACUGCUGCUCCAUACGUAUUUCUCACGGGAGCAUGUAUUCCACCUAUGGUAAUUAAACAAGAACAAAAUCAACAAAAAUCCAAUAAUAACAAUACGGAAAAAAAAGAAGAAACGUUAUCAUCAAAAGAGAAAUCGCCUGAUCAUCAAUCUCGAUCAUCUUCAAUAUCGUCGUCGUCUUCGCAACAAUAUCAACAGCAAUUGAAGUCUGAUACGAUCGAUAAAAAUGUUGGAUCGAAAUUGACUCUUUUGUCGCAAGUUUGCAGCGAUAUGUUGAAAAAGACUGAUCCCUCUUUAUUCCAUUCUUCCCAAACAAUACGAAAAGAUUUGCACAUUAAACCUAUUUCUAUGCCAUCCUUUACUUCGACUACGCAAACAGAUGAUAACGAGAGAGCAACUGAUCGCUUGCAAGCUGCAGUCACUUCCCAUCAUGCUGACCUGCGCCAGGAACCUCUGAAAGACGAAAUCGUGAGAGAAUCAUCCGAGGACAACUCCAUUCGAGAAUCGAAUAAAAAUAUUCGACAAGAAACUGGAUCACACCCUCAAUAUACUUAUCAAACUCAAUUCAUGCAAUUUCAAUCUGCUAACAAUAAUAACAACAAUAAUUUCUCGCAAUAUUACUCUUAUCAAGAUCAUCAACGACAACAAAAGCAUCAACCGAUAUUACAACAAGAGUCGCAAAACCAACAAUCUUCAAACUAUUCAUACAUUAUUCGACCAACACUGCCAAUCCUUCAGCCUUCCAACAUUCAACAGGAAAUACCCGCGCAACUGUCUCAAUAUCAUAACAGUUUUCUGUCGAUGAUUCCACCCCAAAAUAAGCAAAGUUUACCGUAA